GUUAUAAUUAACAUGUUAAGAGUUCCAUGUAAACUAUGUGUGUGGAUAGUUGAGAUUAAAGGCGGUUGUAUCAUUAUAUGUAUGUGAGUUAUCAUUGGAAACUUUAGAGACUAUCUAAACGUGGAAGAACAAUAUUUGUGUGAUACAAUAUAAAGACAUUUUAAACACUUAAUAGAAAUUUCUAUUAUGCAGUGAUCUUGAGUUGUCCGUAUCGUUUGUAUUCUGAUUGCAUUGGAUGUCACUUCUACGUUAGUUUGAAAGGUUAAAAAAUAUCAUGGCUGUGAAUGUGACAAUAAAUGAAACCAACGAGUGCGUCGAUAUAAAACAUAUAUUGUUAAAAAAACCUGCCGUCUCUCCUAUAAUAAAAUGGAUUGCUCUGACAGAGGCAGUAGGGAUAAUCAUACUCAAUACAGUACUGAUUUUAAUGUUGAUAAGACUGAAGAAGAAGAGCAGGAUGGCUUUCUUUGUUAAACAUCUGGGCAUUGCAGAUUUAUUUGUUGGACUACUAUAUGUUCUGCCGAGUUGUAUAUUUGAACGAUUCCUUAAUGAUUGGGAAAAGUAUUCCUGUCUUAUCUUAUACGGAUAUUGUGCUAAUAUGACAAUCUAUGCGUCGACAUUUCUGAUUGUUGUCCUAACGAUAGACAGGUUAUUUGUUAUUGUACACCCAUUAUCAGCGUCAACAAAAAGAAAGAGAUAUCGUUAUGGACUUGUAUCUGGCGCAUGGAUGUUGGCUCUAGUACUAGCACUACCAUAUGCCUUAAAUAUUAGGUUUUCAUGUACAGUACAGGGAAUAAAUAUAUGCUUGCAUGAUUUCAAGCAUAUGGAGGCUAUGGUACUUGCUGAAUUUUUCAUAAAUUGGAUAAUCCCAGUCUGUAUAAUAAUAUCAUGUUAUACGUUGAUCAUAAGAGUCAUUAUUCGACGAGAAAGAUUUGGACUUGAUUGGUCACCAAAUACGGAAAGUUCACAUGGUACAACGACUUUCCUGGGUAAUACAUUAAAUACAGAAUCAACUUCUACCUCCGUCAUUACAACUGCUAAAAAGAAAACAAUAAAGCUGUCACUAGUAGUCGUCAUAGUUUAUAUUGCAAGUUGGACUCCAAUCACUUUGGCACAAGUGUUAAAUGUGUUCGAUAUUAUACCCGCUGAAGAUUUAUUCACAUUUUUACAUGUGUUGGCUCCAAUUAACAACCUUAUGAAUCCAUUAGUUUUCUUAAUCUUUAACAGAAAACUGUUUGCCAAGGAAAAACAAAAAAUCGGCAAUUUUAAUCACUCACCCUGCAGUACUAUACUGACUAACCACUGAAAGGAUUCAAUAAGCAGGUGUCAGUCAAAACAGAAGAAAGUAUAUAUAUGAGUAAAUCAAGGGACACAUUUGACUGACUGAAAACAUUAUUUCCGGAAAUGGCGACAGUGUAAUCUUUUAUUCAGAAAUAAGAUACGCAUUGAAUUGUGACAUAAGGGUUACAGAUACUAAACAUUUUUGGAAAAUGGUUGUACAGUUUUCUUUUUUUAAUUUGAAGUAUCUAUUUAUAGGAAACACCAAGAUAACGGGCUGAUAUACUGUAAAGAGUAUUUUGUUUAUCAUGAAAGACUACGAUUUCCACAUCUACCUAUUGUAUAAUAAGCAUUACAAAUUGUGACUUGGUUGGGGAGUUGUCUCAUUGGCACUCAUACCACAUCUUCUUAUAUCUAUAUAUGAAUUUAAAUGUAUAAAAUUCUUUCAAGCAA